AUGGCAGGCCAAGAAACAACUGCUUACGCUCUCCGUGUUCUAGUUCUCGCUCUUCUCCACAAUCCGGCUGUGAUCAAGACCGCUCAGGCACAGCUCGAUUCAGUCUGUGGGUCACGUGGUCCUUCUUUUGAGCACAGAGAACGGUUACCGUACAUCGAGGCUAUCGUAAAAGAGACGAUAAGAUGGAGACCUGUGGCACCCAUCGGCGUGUUCCAUUCUGCAACCGAGGAAGUCAAAUUCCAAGGGUUCGUGAUACCGAAAGGAACGCUAUUCCUGGAUAACAUUUGGUCCGCAUCCUGGGCACAGUCACGCGAUCCAGCUCUAUUCCCGAAUCCGGACACUUUCGAGCCCGCCCGUUUCCUAGACGCAGCAGGCAAUUUGUGCCCCCAGACACCUGAUUCGAAUCUUUUGGGUUUCGGACGUGGUCGUCGGGUUUGCCCUGGUAGGGAUUUCGCCAAUGCUGGGUUGUUUAUCGCAGCGGCGUCAAUGCUCUGGUCCUUUGACUUCGAGUGGCCUGUGGAUGUGAAUGGGAAACAAAUCGUCUGUGACACAUUCGAAAUGGAGGAUCAUACGAUUUUGUCCACGGUGAGGCCUUUCGAGAUCAAAGUGACGCCCAGACACGCGAGUCUCGAAGAGAAGUUGUUCGAGAUGCUGAAGGAGCGCGACACGAGUACUUCAGCGUGA